AUGGCAUCGCAUAGUCCGUCUAAACAGGAUUCUUCCGAUAUACCCCCAUGUCCCUAUCCAUUAUCGGUGGACGGUUUACCUCUGGCCAGUCCUGAGCCCUCUGUAUACACCGGUCUUGACACUCCUACAGUGACCUGCUUUUGGGCCUUAUGUGUCCCUUCUGUCAAGAAAGAAAACGAUUUUGCCUUUUUAUAUGUGGACCCUCGCGCACAGGCUGCCUUGAAUCCUCAACGUGAUGCUCUCCACCAAAAAACCCUUCUGGACUUGGUUGACCCAGCGGAGCGUCUGCGUGUGCAGGAGCAUGUGCGUGUGAUGAUUCAGCGUCGUGCGUUUGCAGGGAGUGUGAUUCGGUGCAAUAUCUACUCACUAGAGGCGUUGGCUAGCUCCGAAAGAAGCCCGGCCCCCAUCUGUUUUACUACCACAGACGUCGUCGUCAGCUGGGCUGACGUGGGCUUGGCGCUCUGCUUUUUUCACCCAGUGAGCAACCCGCCGUUAGAAUGUGGUUUAUCACGCCAUGCCUUUGACUCAGCCCAAAUCAAGAUGCUCUGGUCUACCUUGUUCCCUUACUGGAAAGCCGAGGCCUCUGUACCCGUCCGUCGCGUAUUCCAAAUUUUGUCGACGGAUACGCCACGCCAGAUUUUGUACAGUUGGCCGCCUACAUCCUCCUACAAAGUCAGUGAUUUUUCACAUCUCGUGGAAGGUGCAUCACUCGCAGGUGCUACUUCUUGUACACGCCGCUUACGCGCACAGCAUACAUUACGCACAUCUUCUCAUGUACUUUCUGUGGCAAGUAUUCUCAUUCCAUGUGGCUCCAUUGUACUAGUAUGCUAUGAAGUUACCAAGGAACAACCCCUACCUACAUCCAUACAGGCUCCUAUUGCGACAGGUCCCGUGGUAGCCUCUGCACAGCCAGUGAAAUUGGUGGACAAACUGAUGACGCCGUCGCCCACCACGUCUCACAUCCCUGCUCCUAGCAUGGUCGCACCUGUACCUAUUGGCAAUGUACACGCUAUGGCAGGUCCUGUGAAGACGUGCACAAGCUGCGGCAAGGCUGACAGCCCUGAAUGGCGUCGAGGGCCUUCGGGGCACAAAACACUCUGUAACGCUUGUGGGUUGCGGUACGCUCGCUCGUUGUCCAAUAAGCGGAAGAAAGGGAAAGAUGGCUCUGUGAUUACGGUGGCUGCGACAGGCGACCCGUCCAAGGUGCCCCCCAGUCGCGGAAGCGGGGGCGGAAGCCGCCCUGGCGUCCACCGCAGGAAUGCUCGGAAGCGAACUGCAGAAUCUAUGGAAUCCUUGCCCCAAGCCGAAGACUCCCCAGACUUUGAUCGUCGGCUGGCCAGUGUGCUGGCCUCGUUACCGCAUGAGGGUCGCAGUGCCUCGCAACCUCCCCCGCUUUCGUCUCUACCGGUCCAACUGCCGUCCAGCAAUGUGAACGCGCUUCUUCCGACAAUACCAACAGCGACUGAAAAGCAUACAUCUUCUUCCAAUCAUAUGCCUAUGUCUGUUUCCAUGCCAUUGAUACCCACGUUCCAUGCUUCAUCGCCGGCCACUGCGCCUUUGAUGCCUUCCCUCCCCAACUCAUCGGCUACAGCAGCAGUUCCAUCCACUACGGCCCUCGGUUCCACGCCAGGCUUUCCAUCUGCACCCUUGCUUCCCAUGCAUGUGCCUUCGACGACGCCGUCGUCGCCCACCAUUCGCUUAGAUGGUUUGUCCUCCGAUGCAGCGAUGGCCUCUUCGCUUUCGUCGGCCCCCGCCGCGUCGCCCAAGACCAUCUCAUCAACACCUCCUAUUUUGAAUGCCUCUUUUCCGGCACCUGUUUCACAAAAGAUGAGUACUCCUUCCACUUCUAUGCCGGCCGUUUCGUCUGUGUCCUCGUCUACCACGCCUGCAGCAACGGCUGCAGCCGCUGUGGCUGCCAUGUCUUCUUUAGGCUCUAUUCGGGCCAAUCCAAUGGCACCACACACCACCAACAUGCCCAAUGCCCUUGUUGAGAAUCCAGCUCUCUUAUCUGCUCUGGUUUCUAGUGAAGGCUCAACAUUGCCAUGA